AUGCCCACUCCGGAGUUUUUGGAUAUUGUUCUUGAGAACCAAACCGACUCACCGGCACUCUUUGCACACAUCACGGGCCGAAAUGACAAAGGCGUCGCUGUGCUCCUCGCCGACGGUCAAACGUUGCACCAGCCGGCGUCACCCUCCGAGAUCCUGCAGCCCGUCGGAGCGGACCAUGGGAUCCCGAUCGGCGGGCCCGGGUCACGGCGCAAGGUCCGGAUCCCGCGCUUGUAUGGGGCCCGGAUCUGGUUCUGCAAAGGCAAACCGCUUACAUUCCUGCUCAACCCGGGGCCGGCUAUAGUGGAGCCGUCGGUUAUGAACCCGACCGAUCCCAACUUUGACGCCGACUGGGGUUUCUGCGAGUUCACCUUCAAUGAUUUCCAGGUGUUCGUCAAUGUGUCUUAUGUCGAUUUUGUGAGCCUCCCUAUCGCGCUGAAGCUCGAGAACGAGGCCGGAAAGGUCACACAAAUCCCGGGCAUGCCAAAGAAUGGUCUUGAAGAUGUGUGCGCCGGCCUGCAGCGUCAGGCCGCAAAGGACGGCGCGGGCUGGGAGAAGCUCAUCGUCAAGUCAAAGGCUGGGAAGAACCUACGAGCCUUGAGCCCCAACGCAGGAAAGGAGCUUCACCCGGGUCUUCUUGAGGGUUACUUUUCUCCCUCGGUGGAUGCGGCAUGGGCUAGGUACGAAAAGGAGGAUCUAGUGAUCAACACACAGUUCGACUGGGGAGAUGUCAAGGGUCGUGUGCGUGACGGCAAGCUGGUGUUUAGCAACGUGGGCAAGGACAAGUUGACCUUUUCCUUCUCCAAGCCGUCAACGCGGGACAUUCUGACGUGCAGCACGGGGCCGUUUGCCGCCGGGGAGGGUGUGUCGUCGGCGCAGCUCAACGUCGGAGCCCGGCUCGCGGCGGCGCUCAACCGGGGGACGCUGGCCCGCAACGGCCGGCAGCCGGAGGGAGAGCGGGUGGAGGCUUACUACGCAGAUGAGAGUGUGACGAUCGAGGGGAGGGGAUAUGCCUUUCCCUAUGACGAUGUUGGUGCGACUGGUGGAGUUGACCAGUCUGGAUUUUUGAAUGAUGAGAGACCCAAGGUGUUGACAAUCAUUGUUGGAGGGCCGAAGUGA